UCAUCUCUGUCCAGAAUCUCUUGUGAUCUCUCUCUCUCUCUCUCUCUCUCUCUCUCUCUCUCUCUCUCUCUCUGAGCGAAUACUGUCUUCUCUGCUUCUUUCUCUCUACGCUGUCAGAGAGAGGGGGAAAAUACGACAUUUAUUAGAACUCGAAUAGUCGAAGCAAAAAGGUCGGGUUUUUCCGACAACUCCGACCCGUUUCUCCAUUUCAGCUGCUUGAAAAUUCAAGGUUUUUUUCAUGGGUUUUCACUCCUCCGACAUGAAUCGAGUCGGACCCACCUCUGGGAAUGCUCCAUAGCGUGAAAUACAGUCCUCAUUCGAAGGGAAAAAAGCUUCAGCCGUGUCUCGAGCCGUUCUGGAAUCUUCGUUCUUUGAUCCUCCAUAGAAACAAGUUUGGAUUCUUUGGUGUUUCCCUUCGUGUUUGGUCGGGGAACUUGAUUUUGCAUAUAUUCUCAGUUAGGUGGAAGGGAAGAUGAACUAUAUAGCAAAGUGGUUGAAUCAAAUUAUGAUGGGUUUCAAGUGAGAAUUCCAAAAUUUAGGACAUUGAGGCAAAAACCAGGUUUCUCUUUGCCUGAUCAAGAUCUGGGUUUUGAUGAGAUAGAGAUUUAGGAAUCUGGGUUUGUUGCAAAAGAAAAAAGGGGCGGGGAGUUGUGCAUAAGAAUCAAGAGCUAGGGUUUUCUGUAAAAAUGGCUGCAAGAGUAGAAGCAUCAUCAGUAGGGUGUGAGAUUGAUGAAGAGAGUGAUGAUGAGAACAGAGGAAGCAUAUGGGAAUUGGAGCAGAAGCUUGAUCAGCCAAUGGAUGAAGAAGCCGGCAGGCUCAAGAACAUGUACAGAGAAAAGAAAUUCUCGGCAGUUCUGCUUCUGCAGCUUGCUUUUCAGAGUCUCGGGGUUGUUUAUGGCGAUUUAGGAACUUCACCUUUGUAUGUUUUCUACAAUACAUUCUCUCGGGGAAUCAAAGAUCCCGAGGAUAUCAUUGGAGCUCUUUCGCUGAUCAUAUAUUCCCUCACUCUCAUCCCUCUCCUCAAAUACGUUUUCGUCGUCUGCAAAGCUAAUGACAACGGGCAAGGUGGUACGUUUGCUCUGUAUUCGUUGCUCUGUAGACACGCAAAUGUGAAAACAAUCCCCAACCAACAUAGGACCGACGAAGAGCUCACGACUUACAGCCGUUCUACUUUUCGCGAGCAUUCUUUCGCUGCAAAAACCAAGAGAUGGCUUGAAAAAUGUACUUUUCGGAAAAACAUGCUCCUCCUUCUCGUUCUUGUCGGUACCUGCAUGGUUAUCGGCGACGGUAUCCUUACUCCCGCCAUUUCUGUUCUUUCAGCGGCUGGAGGGCUCAGGGUAAACCUUCCACACAUAAGCAACGGAGUCGUUGUUCUGGUCGCGGUCGUGAUAUUAGUAAGCUUGUUCAGUGUACAGCAUUACGGAACAGAUAGGGUUGGCUGGCUUUUUGCACCCAUUGUUCUUCUCUGGUUCCUCUUCAUUGCAAGUAUCGGUAUAUACAAUAUCUGGAAACACGAUGUCGGCGUAUUGAAAGCUUUCUCUCCGGUUUAUAUCUAUCGGUAUUUUAAACGAGGAGGUCUGGAUCGAUGGACGUCGCUUGGAGGCAUUAUGCUUAGUAUAACAGGGAUCGAGGCGUUAUUCGCUGAUCUAUCGCAUUUCCCGGUCUCGGCCGUGCAGAUUGCGUUCACGGUAAUCGUGUUUCCUAGCCUCAUUCUAGCAUAUAGCGGGCAAGCUGCCUAUCUUAGGAAGAAUCCGGAUCACGUCGUUGAUGCGUUCUAUCGUUCUAUUCCAGGAAGCAUAUACUGGCCGACGUUCAUCAUUGCAACGGCUGCAGCCACCGUCGCGAGCCAAGCCACGAUAUCGGCGACUUUCUCGAUAAUCAAGCAAGCUUUAGCCCACGGGUGUUUCCCGAGGGUUAAAGUCGUGCAUACCUCCCGAAAAUUCCUCGGUCAGAUCUAUGUUCCCGACAUCAACUGGAUCCUCAUGAUCCUCUGCAUUUCCGUAACUGCUGGAUUCAAUAACCAGAGUCAGAUCGGAAAUGCUUAUGGGACCGCAGUUGUCAUAGUGAUGCUGGUCACGACGCUGCUAAUGACGCUGAUCAUGAUUCUCGUAUGGCGAUGCCACUGGAUUCUGGUGUUACUCUUCACAGUCCUAUCCCUCGUGGUCGAGUGCACCUACUUCUCGGCCAUGCUCUUCAAGGUCAACCAGGGCGGGUGGGUCCCACUCGUUAUCGCGGCCGCUUUCCUCAUCGUCAUGUAUGUCUGGCACUACGGAACCAUCAAGCGGUAUGCCUUCGAGAUGCACAGCCGAGUUUCCAUGGCCUGGAUUCUCGGCCUCGGCCCUAGCCUCGGGCUUGUUCGGGUUCCGGGGGUCGGCCUCGUCUACACCGAGCUAGCUAGUGGCGUCCCUCACAUCUUCUCGCAUUUUGUCACGAAUCUACCUGCUAUCCACUCCGUCGUGAUCUUCGUCUGCGUCAAGUACCUUCCCGUUUACACCGUCCCCGAGGAAGAACGGUUUGUCGUUAAAAGAAUCGGCCCCAAAACCUUCCACAUGUUCCGCUGCGUCGCGAGGUACGGAUACAGGGACUUGCACAAGAAAGACGAUGACUUCGAGAAACGGCUCUUCGAGAGCUUGUUCUUGUUCGUAAGGCUCGAGUCGAUGAUGGAAGGUUGCUCCGACUCCGACGAGUGCAGCAUCGCGGGGCAACAGUCCACGAUCGAGGACUUGGCGACGACGGUGGAUACGUUUGAGUCGAUAGAGACGAUGGGAACAGGGGGAAAGCGACGGGAAAGCGGAGGAGGAGGAAGGGAAGAAGACGAGAUGGAGUUUGUGAAGCGAAGCAGAGAGGCGGGAGUGGUGCAUAUAAUGGGGAACAACGCGAUCAGGGCAAGGAGAGGGUCGAGGUUUUGUAAGAAAGUCGCCAUUGAUUAUGUCUAUGCUUUUCUUCGGAAGAUUUGUAGGGAGCAUAGCGUUAUCCUCAAUGUCCCUCAGGAGAGCCUCUUGAACGUUGGUCAGGUUUUCUAUGUCUGAUUUCCCUUUUUUUUUUUUUUUUUGAAACUGUAUGUAUAAUAAUGUAAUCGCUCUCUCGAUCAACAGUUACAUUCAGGCCCAAUUUUAGGCCCAUGGAUUGAGUAUUGGAUCGGUUAUUCGCCGGGAA